AUGGAGACUCAAAAUCAAAGCCCGCAAAGCCAGCAGGCACCAGUCUUGCCUGAUAACAUGCAAGACAUCAAGCACAGCUGGGAAUUCCAGGGGUUUGAUGAUCACUCUACCAACGUACUGGUCCUUCACCCAACAAGCAUCCAGAUCCAAGAUUCAAUAUUUCCAAAACGUUUCAUCGAGGCCGCACUUCUACUCGGCGCCGAAGCCGCUGGUGUUUUCAAAAUCACCAUCCCCGCCGACCUUGCGGACUCGCCACCGCACCAACUCCCCAACAGCUCUUCCUACAACCACAAGACCGCCAACGAGCGCUACCGGUCCUACCGCCGCCAAGGGCUCAAGGCCACUGGCUUCGUGCGGCUGCACGACGGGCGCAGGAACGCCAAGACGGGUCGGAGGGCCGAGACCCCGACCGGGCACGCGGCGGCGUGGGCCCGUCCCGCCCCGCAGCCCGAUGCAGACCACGCCCUCGUCACCGCCACCCCUUCCCGGCUGCUCGAUAUGUGGAACCAGCUGCGCACGCCGACGAGCCGCCUCGCAGCCGGCACGAUGCGGUACAUUGUCGACGUGCCGCUCGAGACGCCGCAGGACCGCCAGAGGGCCGGCGUCCCCGAGCGCUCCGUCAUCUGGCCCCUGGCCGGCAACCGACUGGACGAGUAUGCGCCCAUCCCGGGGCUGUGCUACCCGUACAAGUACGAGGGCACGGCCCUGGCGCCGUUCACGUGGCACGUCGAGGACGUCGGGCUGCUCUCGCUGAACCACCUGUUUCAGGGAGUCAAGGUCUGGUUUUGCAUACCCGGGCCGGACAGGCUGGCGGCGGAGGAGGUGUUUCGUUCCGCACCAAUGACCGCGACGGCUGCGAUACCGCACCACGAGCAGUUUAUGCGGCACAACGCCACGCUUGACGGACAUGCUGCGCUGAGGAGGGCCGGUGUGAGGGUUGUGCCCGUCGUGCAGAGGGCAGGGGAGAUCGUGGUCACGCUGCCAGAGGCGUACCAUUCCGGGUUCAGCGCCGGGUAUACAGUCUGCGAGGCGGUCAACUACGCGGACCGGCCGCUGAAGGUGGGUGAGGAGAGGGCAUGGUGCACGUUGGCCUGUUCGCCCUGUCCCAUGAACCACUUUACGUUUCGGCGGCGGUCAGCUGAGGUGGAGAUUGGGAGUAGUGGAGUGGAUGGUGUGGCGGCGGCUGGGGAAGUGGUGGAUGGGGCUGAGCUUGAUGGACGCAAGCGAGCAAGGUCUGGAGAUGAUGGGGUUGGUGGAGUAAUUGGUCAGAAACGUGGUAGGAUGGGUGCUGAAGUUGCUGGAUAA